AUGCAGAGCGUACAGAGACAGUUUGGGAGGCUGAUGAAAAGGUCCGCCGACGAUAACCAGGUCGCAAUUCUGCUGAAGGAUUUCGAGCAAGUCGAUAAUUUACUGAAUAAAAUCGUUGAUUCGACCAAAGCCUGGCGUGAUGCGUGGUCCUCGCUUUUAACACACCAGGAUCGGAUGCUCAUCGAAUUCGACACUCUAUAUUCUCCUAUCAUCGGCGCUGCGGAGCCUUCGUCCCACACACCUGUUCUUACCCCGGACGCCACCCUCGCCAGGACCGCGAAACUUAAAGCAGAAUACGAGGACUUAAGAAAAGAACUCAUCGAGGAGCUGGCUGCAAUCGACCUGCGCAUGAUUGACCCCGCAUCGCAAGCUAGAGAGUGUUUGCUUCCGUUCAAGAAAAUCAUCAAGAAACGAGAUGAUCGAAAGUUGGACUACGAACGCUGUCAAGGCCGUGUUGACAGCUACGCCAAAAAGGCAAAACGGUCAGAUCGUGAAAAUGCGUCCUUAGCCAAGGCAGAGGAAGAGUUGUCCAAAGCGACUAUGGUAUGA